CAGCUGCUGGACGGCCAGUGAGGUCGGCGAGCCCCCGGCUAUCAGGGCAGGGCCCCCUCCUGUGAGGGCUGAUCCGGGGACCCUGAGGGGGGCAGAGGCCAGAGCAAAUUUCCAGCGCCCACGUAGGGUCUUCUGGGGCAGUGGUUCCCCAGGCCUGUCCAGUUUCAGCCAGAAGCAGGACUUGCCCAGGAGGACCACGCUCACCAAGGCACUCCAGCGAUGGUUGGUCACCGCCAGCAAGCACUGGCGCCAUCCCUCUCCUGCCUGGGCAUGUGGACUUUGGCUGGAGCAACCCUCAGGAUCCGAGAAAGGAAAGAGGCAGCCCCCAAGCUGCCUCUCUCUUGUCAGCUGGAGGAGAACUGAGCGUACCCUAUCUUGGGCCUUGGGCUAGGCCUGCUGGGUGGAGCCUGCAGUCAGGCUCUUGGCUUUAUAGCUCUUGGCACAGGGCGUCCUGGAACCAGAGCUGGGUGGAGGGCAUAAAGCAGGUGAGCUGCAUCUGGAUGGGCCACAGAGCUAUCCCCUCAGCGGGGCCUCGUCCUGUGUCGGCUGCCCCCAGAGCCUUAGACAGGUGCAGCCAGUAUGUGUGAGCCUCAGGGGUCUGUGCGGAUUCUAGUGACGGGGGGCUCCGGGCUGGUGGGAAGAGCCAUCCAGCAGGUGGUCGCCAAUGGGGCUGGACUGCCUGGAGAAGACUGGGUGUUUGUUUCCUCUAAGGAUGCCGACCUCACGGAUGCUGCACAGACCCGCGCCCUGUUUGAAAGGGUCAGGCCCACGCAUGUCAUCCACCUUGCUGCGAUGGUAGGGGGCCUGUUCCGGAACAUCAAAUACAACUUGGACUUCUGGAGGGAGAAUGUGCACAUCAACGACAACGUCCUGCACGCCGCCUUCGAGGGGGGCGCACGCAAGGUGGUGUCCUGCCUGUCCACCUGCAUCUUCCCGGACAAGACCACCUACCCCAUCGAUGAGACCAUGAUCCACAAUGGGCCGCCGCACAGCAGCAAUUUCGGCUACUCCUACGCCAAGAGGAUGAUCGACGUGCAGAACAGGGCCUACUUCCAGCAGCACGGCCGCACCUUCACCGCGGUCAUCCCCACCAACGUCUUCGGGCCCCACGACAACUUCAACAUCGAGGACGGCCACGUGCUGCCCGGCCUCAUCCACAAGGCGCACCUGGCCAAGAGCAGCGGCUCGGCCCUGACCGUGUGGGGCUCGGGGAAGCCGCGGAGGCAGUUCAUCUACUCGCUGGACUUGGCCCGGCUCUUUAUUUGGGUCCUGCGGGAGUACGAUGAGGUGGAGCCCAUCAUCCUGUCAGUGGGUGAGGAGGACGAGGUGUCCAUCCGGGAGGCAGCCGAGGCAGUGGUGGAGGCCAUGGACUUCCGCGGGGAGGUCACCUUUGAUACCACCAAGUCAGACGGGCAGUUUAAGAAGACGGCCAGCAACGGCAAGCUGCGGGCCUACCUGCCGGACUUCCGCUUCACGCCCUUCAAGCAGGCCGUGAAGGAGACCUGCGCCUGGUUCACCGACAACUACGAGCAGGCUCGGAAGUGAAGCGGGCGGCGGCCCCUCGUGCCUGGCUCGGAGUCAGGGUGUGGCCGGCCGCCUGGCCGAGGGCGCCCUGCACGGGACCGCCGGUCCUCCUCAGGGAGGCCGCGCAGCCAGGCAGGCACCACACGGUCCACCACCAGCGCCCUGAGCGUGUUCACUGCACCCCCGCAGCCAAUAAAGCGCUUUCCUGCAGGCCCGCCUGGACCCCCGCCGCGGCCGGCACUGCCUCCUAGGCAGACGCCC